UGUCCAAACAGGCCAAACUGCUCUGAAGAACAGGAGCUGGAGCGCAUCAGAAACCUCCAGAAGGAAGUGGCGCUGCAUCGCAGGCAGAACGAGGCCAGCUACAAGGCUGCUCUGGCUGGCAAUCCACCACCAAAGAAGUUGGUCCAGACAUCGACUGUGCCCAAAGAGUUCCACUUCAACACCAACACUCGUGUCAAGGUGACCGCCUCAUCCAACGCAGCCCACAAGGAAGUGGACUUCAUCAAUCAGCUCCGCAAAGCCUCCUCCCCAACAAAGGCUAUGAGAGGCGCCACUGUGCCAAAACCCUUCAACCUGUCGACCAGCAACAAGAGAGCGGUGGAGGAGUCGGCUGCCUACGUGCCCAUGGCUGAGCAGAUAGAGCAGUUCCAGAGACGAACUCCUGACCGCUACCAUCUGCGAAGUCGCAGCAGUCAAGAGAGAGGGCCAGCAGCGGUGAAGUGUGAUAAGCUGAAGCUCACCCAGCCUCACAGCCCUCACCUGAUGACCCGCCAGAGGAGCCGGCCAACCAACGUGAAGAGCAGUGCUGACCUGGAAGCUGAAGAGUUGGCCAGACACCACAAGCUUAAGUUCAAAGCCUUGGAGCUGAACAGGAGAAUUCUGGAGAGCGUCCAGCACCUAAAGAGGCCGGCAGUGAAGGAACCCACUGUACCCGAAGGCUUUGAGCUGCAGAUUGAGAGACAGGCCACCAAGAAGCCUCAGGGAGGGGAGGAGAAGGCGCACACCUUUAAAGCCCAGCCACUGCCCAAAAAUAUCCUGGAAGGUGUCGUGGGAUUGCCGGAGAAGAAAGUUCUGCCUCCUACUGUGCCAGAGUCUCCAACAUUUGCCCUGAAGAAGAGGGUUCGCAUGGAGAAGGUCAAACCGCCUUCACCCAUCAAAGCCCUCACAGUGCCUCAUUUCGGCAUCCCCUUCCAGCCCCAGCUACAAGACAACCACCAUGUGGAAGUCUGUCCCUUCUCCUUUGAGGAGCGGGACCGAGAGAGGAGGGCGUUGAAAGAGAAGAAGCUGCAGGAAAUGCGAAAUGGAGAGGUACCGCAGUUCAAGGCCCAGCUACUGCCGGACUUCGACACUGUGCUCCUCCCCGAGAAGAAGAAGCUGGAGCCCACGAAGCCUGAGCCCUUCAGACUGCUGCUGGAUGAGCGGGGACCCGUGAGGGGCACUCGCUGGGAGCAGAUGGUGAAAGAAGAGCGUAAACGAGAGGAAGUAGUAUUCAAAGCCAGGCCCAACACGGUCACUCACAAAGAGCCUUUCCAGCCCAAAAAGGAGGCCCGGGCUUCAGUGGUUGUGGAGGCCUUUGAGCUGUCGACGGAGCGUCGGGCCGUGGAGUGGCAGGAAUACGAGCGGCAGGCCAGUGAGAAGGAGGCCCUCAGGAGGCUCAUGGAGGAGGAGCAGAGACGAGAGCAGGAGCAGAAGGAGAAGGAGGACGUCGCCAGGCUGCGGCAAGAACAGGUCCACUCUGCUCAGCCCAUCAGACACUACAAACCUGUAACCGUGAAGAAGAGUGAGCUUCCUCUCACAGUUCCCCACUCACCCAACUUCUCUGACCGCUUCCGCUUGUGAUCGGCCUGCCUCACUCCACGCUGUAGAGAUCGGCAUAUUCUAAGCCUUCAGAUGUUUUCUCUUUCUGUAAUUAUUUUUACAAACUUUAUUUUCUGUCUUUUUUAAUCUUUUUUUUUAACUUCUU